AAAGAAACAGGUGUCAGAUUUCAGAGCUACUGUUUAACAAAACCGUUUCAGAGGAGAAAAUUGAAAGAGCUCCAAAUAUUAUUUGAAGUGAAUCAGUAACAGAAGAUGACUUCAGAGCAGCUUCUGGAAACACUGGAUGCUCUAGACAGAGAAAAACUGAAGAGGUUUAAAUGGCAUUUAAAGCAAGAUGCUCAUGCUUCAGCUGUAGAUCUAGAGAAUGCAGACACCGUUGUCACAGUGGAUCUGAUGAUGGCAUGUUGUGGACCAGAAAGAGCCAUGAAGAUCACACUGAAUAUCUUGAGAAAGAUGAAACUGAACCAUCUGGCUGAAGAUUUAGAGAAUAAACUCAAAGUUUACAAUUCUCCAGUCCAGAUGAGGAGCAGUGCUCAGGUUGGUGUCAGUGUUGAUGUGAGUGCUGAAACAGGUGCAAGUGUAAAUGUUCCUGUAUUGACUGGAAACACCAUCACAGGACCAGUAACCAUUUAUGGCUCACAUGCUGCUGGAAAUGAGACGGCACAGAAACACACAGAAAAACAAGAUUUUUUAAGGCUUCAAACAUUCUUGGAAACUCACAAAACCAACAUGAAGAAGAAAGCAGAAAAUAUUUUUGAGAACAUAAAAGAAAAAAAGGGACGUCUCAAUGAUGUUUUUACAGAACUGUUCAUCACAGAGGGAGAUAUUGAACACGUGAAUCAGGAACAUGAGAUUCUGAAGAUUGAUGUUGCAUUCAAGAACAAAACAACACAGGGCAAACCAAUCAAAUGCAAUGAUAUGUUCAGCUUAUUGCGGGAAAACAGUGACAAAAACAUUGUGCUGACCAAGGGCAUCGCUGGCAUUGGAAAAACUGUUUCUGUGCAAAAAUUCAUCCUAGACUGGGCAGAAGGAAAGGCCAAUCAGAAUAUAGACUGUGUGUUCCUUCUUCCAUUUCGAGAGAUAAACAUGUUGAAAGACAGAGAGGUCAAUCUUCAUGAGUUUCUGCAGGUAUUUUAUCCCGAACUGAAGGAACUGGAAAAAUCUAUUAAAUUAAAGUUAAACAGCAAAUGUAACCUAUUUAUAUUUGAUGGACUUGAUGAGAGUCGACAUUUUUUUAACUUUAAAAGUGGAAUUCUGCUGAGUUUUGAAGAAAAAUCAUCUGUAGGUGUGCUGUUUACAAGUCUGCUAAGAGGGAAUCUGCUUCCAUCAGCUCUUGUGUGGGUGACCUCACGACCAGCAGCAGCCAAUCAAAUCCCUCCUCAGUAUGUAGGUUUGUUCACAGAGGUGCGAGGAUUCACUGAUGAACAGAAGGAGGAGUACUUCAGAAAGAGAAUCACAGAUGAAACUCAAGCCUCCAGAAUCAUCUCACACAUUAAGACGUCUCAUUGUCUGUACAUCAUGUGCCAUAUUCCUGUGUUCUGCUGGAUCACAGCCACAGUACUGCAGAAUUUUCUCAUCAAGAACAGUGCAGAGAACAUCAGCACAACACUUACUGAAAUGUACAUUCACUUCCUGCUGGUACAGAUGAACAUGAAGAACCAGAAGUAUGAUGAACAAGAAGAAAGACAACGUACUAAGCUCUUACAUUCAAAUAGAGAAAUAAUUUUGAGGUUAGCCAAGCUAGCGUUUGAACAGCUGAAGAAGGAAAACAUUGUGUUCUAUGAGGAAGAUCUAGAAGAAUGUGGUAUAGAUGUGAGUAAAGAUACUGAGUUCACUGGAAUGAUCACUGAGAUCUUAAAGAUGGAAGAUGGACUUCAUGAGAUGAAGGUCUUCUGCUUUGUGCACCUGAGUGUUCAAGAGUUUCUCGCUGCAGUGCAUGUGUUCCUCUGCUACCUGAACAAGAACAUGCAGGAGCUCCAGUUUUUCUUUGAUAAGCCCAAGGAAAAUAUCACAUUGCAGGAGCUACUGCAGAAGGCUGUUGAUAUAGCCAUGAAGAGUCAGAGAGGACAUCUGGACCUGUUCCUGAGGUUUCUGAUGGGAAUUUCACUGGAAUCUAGUCAAAACUUGCUCCAAGGUCUGAUCAAACACACUGAAGACACCACCGAGGGCAUCACAAAAACAGCUGAAUACAUUAAACGAGUACAAGAUGGGUACUUCAUCUCAGAUGAAGCUUCUGUCAACCUAUUUUACUGCUUACUUGAGAUCAAGGACCAUUCUUUGUAUGAGGAAAUCCAGAGAUACCUCGGUUCAGAUGCACAUCCAGGAAGAGAACUCUCAUCUUCAUUGUGCACAAUACUGAUCUACAUACUGAUGAUGUCAGAGAAGGUGCUGGAUGAGUUCAGUCCAAAGAGGUUCACAUCAUCUUCAAACUACACAAGACUCAUCCCAGCUGUGAGAUGCUGCAGAAAAGCCCUAUUUAAUGGCUGUGAUCUCUCUGAUCAGCACUGUGAAAGUUUGUGUUCAGCUCUACAAUCAUCAAACUCUUAUCUGAGAGAGCUGGACCUGAGUAACAAUUGCCUGAAGGAUUCAGGAGUAACACUGCUUUCUGCCGGACUGAAGAGUUCACACUGUCGACUUAACAUACUGAGGCUAUGUCGGUGUAAUCUCACUUCUCAGUCCUGUAAAAGUUUGUCUUCAACUUUACAAUCCUCAAACUCCGUCCUGAGAGAGCUGGACCUGAGUAACAAUGACCUGCAGGAUUCUGGAGUGAAACUUCUUUCUGAUGGACUGAAGAGCUGUAAGCUGGAGAUUCUGAGACUUUCCAUAUGUAAACUCACUGGUCAGUCAAGUGAAAGUUUGUCUUCAGCUGUACAGUCCUCAAACUCUGUCCUGAGAGAGCUGGACCUGAGUAUCAAUGACCUCCAGGAUUCAGGAGUGAAGCUUCUUUCUGAUGGACUGAAGAGCUGUAAGCUGGAAAUACUGAGAUUUUCCAUAUGUAAUCUCACUGCUCAUUCUUGUGGGAGUUUGUCAUCAGUUUUACAAUCCUCAAACUCUGUCCUGAGAGAGCUGGACCUGAGUAACAAUGACCUGGAGGAUACAGGAGUGAAGCUUCUUUCUGAUGGACUGAAGAGUCCAAACUGUCAGCUGGAGAUACUGAGAUUAUCAGCCUGUAUGGUGACAGAGGAAGGCUGUUGUUAUGUGUCUUCAGCUCUGAGUUCAAACCCCUCACACCUGAGAGAGCUGGAUCUGAGCUACAAUCACCCAGGAGAUUCAGGAGUCAAGCUGCUGUCUGAAAAACUGGAGGAUCCAAACUGCUCACUCGACAAACUCAAUGUGGAUCAUGGAGGACAGUUCAGGAUUACAGCAGGACCACGAAAAUGUAUGUCUACACACACACACAUAUGUUAGCAUAUGUGGUUUACAGGGAC